AUGGAGGCUUCUUCGCCCUUGGCUGCUAUGCAGCCCGCUUCAUUCAUGCCGCGGUGGGGAAACGAUCUGUAUACCUCGCACCCACACGCACAUCUGUCUGGAGCUGGCCCAUUUGGUCCUGGUGCCUUCAAUUUUCGAGAUUUGAGCAUGAAGAGAGGUAGAGGCAAUCGGGGACGGGAUUAUUUUGCCCUGCAACCAGUUCGGGGAUCUUCACCUACAGCUAGCCUGGCGGCAGAUCUCUCCCAGAACUUCCAUAUUGAUAUGAGCCCGCAAUUGCCAACCCCACGCCGGUCGCUGUUCACCUCAAACCUCUUUGGCACAAUUGAUGGUCGGGAAUCCGUUACGACCCCUCCUCUCCCAUCUUCGUCGCCAGGGCCAUUGAACGAGCGGAUGGAUAUUUCUCCUCUUCCUCAUAAGCUACCAUAUUCGGCACAGAUGGAGGUUGAAUCACCAACACCAGGUUAUCCGUCAGGAAUAACUCAUGAAGAUGUGAUGCCCUCAUCACCGCCACGGCCGGCGUUAAUGGACGCUCCGAGACCUACAAAUGCCGCCGAGCGAAGAAAAUCCAUAAUCCUUCGACCCUCCUUGACAAGAAACAAGGGCUUGUCAACUAGUUCUCUCCCGUUGAGAAGUCAGGACAGCCAAUUGCCUCCCUUCCGCUUCGGGGCCGGAAGCAGCAAGUUGUCGACGUCGACAUCCAUGUCCUUGGGCGAGUGUUUCAUGGAAUCACCGCCUCAGGAACGGAGACCCCAAACGGCCAACAGCCCGUCGGUUUCCAACAUGGGCCCUCGACCCUGCAAACCUUUCGGGAGCAUGAAUGGGAACUCGUUGCGCAAUGGGUCGCCUAUAGGCCACCAUCGGAGGCCAUCUAACCCCUUAAUCCGCCCUCGAAAACAGUUUCGCAGAUCGUUGAGCAUGUUCGAGAGCCCGGGAGACGUGAUGAAGCCCAGGCAAGAGGAACAGGCACCGAGUCACCUACACACAGUCAUGGAUGUUGAUGAGCUUCAUUUACCUGCGCUGCCACAUUUCUUCCAGGAAGGCCAGCCUGACAGUAUCCCUAGGAUUACCAAGGAAACCCUGUUGAAGGUUCUCGAUGGCAAUUUUGACAGCCAGUUUGACCGCCGUAUGGUCAUUGACUGCCGAUUUGAGUACGAGUUCGAGGGUGGCCACAUCGAUGGCGCUGUCAACUAUAAUGACAAGGAGCUACUCACUACUCAACUUUUUGAAGAAGGCAAUCCUGGAAAAACCUUGAUGAUUUUUCAUUGCGAGUACUCUGCCCAUCGUGCCCCCAUCAUGGCUCGCCAUGUCCGGAAACAAGAUCGUACGACUAAUGUUGAGCACUAUCCUAAGCUCACCUAUCCCGACGUGUACAUACUCGAUGGUGGUUACAGUGCUUUCUUUGCGGAACACCGAGGACGAUGCUUCCCCCAGAACUAUGUCGAGAUGGACGCAAAGGAGCAUGCCAACACGUGCGAGCGGGAAAUGGGCCGGCUGCGUCAGAAUAGGACCAAAUUAAGCCGAGCCCAAACCUUUGCCUUUGGGCAGCACGGAGGAAUUGACGACAGCCCAACGGCCCCGAACCGAUCUAGAAACAGUGGUGGGGAUUUACUAAUGAUGGGAAUGAACAUGUCCUGCGACUACUCACCUGUAUAUCGGGGAGGGUACGAUCGAGGAGGACAGACACGACGUAUGGCAUCAUACUAA